GUUGUGGGUGGGUAGUUGGGGGGACAGCGGUGUUUACUGUGCGUGAGGUGAGGAGGGUGUUGAGAAAGAACCACCACCUCUUUUCUGGACCGGGACCACUGCCUAGGCCCUCGGGGGCUACCACUACCAUGGGGCUCCGGAGGAAGAACAAGAGCCCGCCCGUGCUAAGCCAUGAAUUCGUGAUCCAGAACCAUGCGGACGCCGUGUCUUGCCUGGCUAUGGGCCUCCUGCUGGGGCUUAUGUUCGAGGUCACAGCCAAGUAUGUCAUCAUCUUUAUUACUGUGCAGUACAACGUUACCUACACCACUGAUGACAGGAGUGAACCCAUUCAUUUCUAUGAAUAUGGUCCAAAAGACAUUGCCACCAUCUUCUUCUACAUGCUUAUAGCCAUUAUUCUGCAUGCUGUGAUCCAAGAAUACAUACUAGAUAAAAUUAAUAGACGUCUCCAUUUGUCAAAAACGAAGCACAGCAAAUUCAAUGAAUCGGGGCAGCUAGCAUUUUUCUAUUUGUUUUCAUUUGCCUGGGGAGCAAGUAUUUUGACUGCAGAAGAAUUCAUGACAAACCCUACCUUGUUAUGGAAAGACUAUCCCCAUUCUCGCAUGUUUUUUCAGGUAAAAUUCUUCUAUGUCUGCCAGAUUGCCUAUUGGCUUCAUGCACUCCCAGAAUUGUACUUUCAAAAGAUUCGAAAGGAAGAUAUACCAAGACAGCUAUACUAUAUCUGCCUUUACAUUGCUCACAUAUGUGGUGCCUAUGUAUUGAACCUUCAACGUCUGGGGCUAAUUUUGCUGGUACCUCACUAUCUAGUGGAGCUCAUUUUUCAUGCCUCACGUCUUUUCUACUUCAGUGAUGAAAACAAGCAGAAAGGAUUUACCUUUUGGGCUUUACUGUUUGUAAUGGCUCGUCUUUUGACCCUAACCUUAUCUGUGCUGACAUUUGGAUUUGGUCUGGCAAGAGUAGAGAAUCCAGGUUUUUCCAUAGCAGACGGAAACUUCAAUGUACUCACUGUGAGGAUUAGUUGCUUGGCUGCAAUUUGUCUAACACAGGCCUGGAUGAUGUGGAAAUUUAUAAAUUUCCAGCUAAAGAAAUGGAGAGAGCAUAUCCAGAACCAGAUUCCUAAGAAAAAAAUAACUUACACAAAGAGUAAAUCAACAAAAAAAGAACCAAACAGAGCUAACUUUGUCAAUGGAGCAGUAAAAUUAGAAGAUGGAGCAUCGCCCAGAACCAGAAAAUCAAAAGUAUUAUGAGAUGGAAGCUGAAAUCGGAAGAUGACAUAUUGACAGAAGACUGUGAUUAAAAAAUAUCUGUCACUGCAGAAUCAUAGGCUAUUUGUCUGUCUUGUUAUGAUUUAAAUGGACACUAUCAAGUUAAAAUAUAUUUUAAACACAUUUUUAUUAAUACAUAACUUAUUAUGAAAACUGGUCACUUUUUAAUCUAAUUUACUUUACAAUUAGUGUUUGCCUCUUUCAGUUUCACUCAACUUGGACAAUGAAAAUAGACAAAUCACUUGCACUUUCUGGCUCUUAGUAGCACAAUUCUGCAAUGUUUGAGUGACAGACAUUUCAGGGGAAUAUUUCAGUCUAAACAAUCUGUUUAUUUGAAAUUUUAAAAAAAACAACUUGGAAACAUUUUCAUUAAUAUUACGGUUUAGAAAACUGGUGGUUUUACAAAACCUAAAUUCUGGGCCAAAAAUAUCUGACCAUGUAUGUUUAACUUUAAACUUUUGCACAACAGACUCUUCUUUUUAUCACAUUCUGAUAUUGGAGUAAGAGAUAGUAUGUCUGAAAUACAUGUUAGCAUGGCCAAAAAAAAAAAAAAAGAGUGAAUGACAUCUAUUUCCCUUCAAAGAAUAUAUAAAACUUGAUUUAUAUAACCUGCUCAUCAAGUUCUGACUUAAUAUACCUAACUUCCUCUUAGGUGAUUGUGAUAUUUUAGGUAGACACACAGAUUAUUGGAUGCAGUCACCUUUCAGAAUUGCCAGUGUACAUAGGGAGUUUUGAAAUAGAUUGUAAUGUCUUGUUUGGAAACAAGUUGCCAAUUAAACAUCUAGGGUGAAAUCCUGGUGCCAUUGAAAUAAGUAGAAAAGCUGUCAUAGAUUUUAGUGAGGCCAGCAUUUUACCCUAUGGCCAAAUUUUGUGAAAAUUUCCCCUGGUAAUUUUUCUUUAAUUUUGGCACUGACCUGUUUGAAAGUUACACAUGGCUUUUUCAUAAAGACUAUGAAAUUGAGUUCAGGAAAUGUACUUUCUGUAGCUGCAAUUUUUUUUUUUCAGGUGCUAAGAUUUUUAAUUACUUACAUUAGGCUGCCACUUGUUUUGGUUUCAAAUUCAGAUUUAAGUUUUUAUAUCUCCAUAGCUCAUUACUUAAACACUGUUUUAGAUAUGAUUUAUAUUUAAAUCUGUAGACCAUUUCAGAAUGUCUUUUCAGAAGUACUAAAGUCUGAUGCUGGUAUAAUUAAGUGGUCUAGUAAACACUGCAUUAUAGGCCUCUUAUCCCCAACCAAUGGCAUCGAUUUUGUAUGGAUUCUUGUACUACUUGCCAUCCUUUCAGCCAAUUGGAUCCUAUUUCUCCAGCACGCAGAAUUCUGUUCAGAAAACAGUUGACUUAUGCAGUAGAGCUGACUUUAUAAUAUAUGCCUUGGGUGCAUAAAACACUAGAGAUGUGCAUUAAAUUACACUGUCACAUGUUCUGAAGUGUCUGUUGUGGUUAAGAUUUAGGAAGAAGGUUUACAGUUCCUUAAGUAUUAAUGCCACAAAAUAUCAUAUAUACAACUUUCUUGAAAGAAUAGUUAUUUAAAAUUUAUCCAUAUGUAGGUUUUUCUUUAAUACUAUUUCUCCCCUCCCUCCCUUCACUGGCUGACCAGGUUCUUUCUUGUACCCUAUCUUGUGUUCCUCGAAGCAGUGCAGUGUCUUUUAGUUUUUUAGUGAAGUGAAGCAGAAUCUAGUAGGACUGUUGAGGGGCCACUUGUAAAAAGUUCAGCUGUAUCUACCCAAUUUCUCCCCCUAGAAACUGGCUAUAGACCACCUAUUCAUUUCAGAUUGACCCAUGCAUUCACAUACAGUAGAAACAGUUUUUUGACAUGUUCACCUAAGCUACACUCCAUUAAACAGUAUUUGCCACUUAUCACACAGCAUGUUCAGAGCACUUUACAAGCAUAAAUCCUCAUAACCCUCCAGUGAGGCAGGUAAAUAGCAGUGUUCUCAGUAUAUAAGAAACUGACAGAUUAAGUGACUUGUCCAAGGACACAGUGAGGAUCAUUGCCUCUGCUGGGAGUAGAAAUCAGGAUUCCUAAUUCCUAGUCCAGUGAAUGAAUCACACCUGACUGCUGACCACACUUCUGUGAAAAGCAAGCGAGUGAGAGACUGAAGGUUCCAUAUCGUAUUACCAAUCCCUGGAGCCAUCCAAUUUCUUAAUCUUAGGUGUUGCCACGUUGAUCUAAGCGCUUGUUUGACUAUGACAACUGAUAUUUUUGUAAGUUACCCACAUUGUCAUGACUGGUAUAUCUAAUGCUAUUUAAGUCUUAUGAACCCAUUUUCUAAUUUGCCCUAACUGUUCCCAUGUGCAAAUGGUAUGUAGGAGUAUCGUGUGAUUUCUCAUAAACCUGUACAUUUCUACUAAAAAUGUUUACCAUGGAACUAAAAUAUAUAUUUUUUUAACAAUUUUAAUAAAUGUAUUUGUAUAAUCAUGAAUGCCUCAUUUGAUAAAAGUAUCAUCUUAUGAGCAGUUUUGGUGUGACCUGCUUAGUCUCUCUACCAUACUGCUCACAAGACAAUGCUUUCUCUGAUAAGUAAUUGCAACUGUAAGUAUACCAUACAUUUAGGUUUUGGGCCACUUUCCAGCUGAAAUGGCCAAAAACUAGUUAUUAUAUAGGUAAAAUCUUUUACCCUGAGAAGGGAAUUCCUACACUAAGAACACUGUGAAUAAAGGAUAAAAGUUAUAUUGCUUUUACAUUACAGAUGCAAACGUUUUCUUGAAUAAGAAUUUUUUCCUUUUUCCCCAUCCAUCGCAAAAAUAUUCAGACCAAGAUUUUCUGGGGGAAAAAAAAAAAGCGGGUGGGGGGGGGAAGAGUAAAAUUAGGCUACAUCUAUACCUAUGCACCUAAAAAGGGGACAGAUUUUCCAAAGCGUGGAACACCCAGCAGUUACAAUUAAGUAGCCAGACUCCCAGAAUGGGCACUGCAGAGUAUUUAACACUCUUCAAACUCUGGCCACUUAUUUAGGAGCCUAAGUGGUAACUUGAUUUUAGGGUCCUGUUUUUUUUCAAAAUUUUAGCCCCUAUCUUUUUUCCUUCAAUAUUAUGGAAAAGUACAUUUCUAGCGCCCUGCUUAUGAAUUCACUGAACAAAAUGUACUUGAAUGCUAUUCUUGUUGCAUGUCAUACAUAAUGGACACUUUAAGGAAUCUACACUUCUGAAGUCAAAUAAUUUAACAUUUGAAGUGUCCUUGGCAUAUAAUUAUUGUGUGUAUGGAUACUGUGUGCAUACGCACAUACAACAUCUGUAAAAUAAAGAUAGGUAUCUCAGUCUUGUAGCAUGAGAGAAACUCCCACUAUUUCUUUUAAAGAUAAAAAUCGUUGUUUUUUGUCAUUCUGUUGCAUUUUUGGAUGCUCACUGUGGAAUAUCAAAAUGCGUGAAAUGAACUAGGCCUGUGCCUUAAUAUUAAGACAUUUCAGUAAACUUUAAACAACUUGCAGCAAAAAAAAAAAAAAGUUCUUUGCACUUAAUGCAGUGUGUUUUGACAACUUUACAGUGUAAUUCUACAUAUGUUUCAGUGACUGUUUGGAAUAUCAAAUAAUGGAAGAUGGAAAGUUGGGGAUGGGAGGGAUGUGGCUUAUUCACACAAAGCAAGUGUGACUUGCAUUAGGGAGCAGACUCUGAGCUGGCUGUUCUGAGGCAGGGACUUUUGUGUGAUGACUGGAAGUGGUAAUGACUAAAAAUAGUAACUUGAUCUUAUUGUUCAAAAUUCCCUGUAGGUUAAUAUGUAGACCGAUUAUUUCUGUUUUCAGUUUUUGUUGUUGUUUGUUUUUGGAGUGGUGGGUUGUUGUUUUUUCUACCUGAUUUGAGCGUGGGUGACAAUAACAUGUAAGGGGGAAGGGAAGAUUAUGGGUUAGGGAAGUAGAAGUUAGGAUACUAGUAAGACUAAUAAAUAACUGUACUAAUAUUCCCUUUUGAUUAUGAGUACAAAGCCCUGAACCCACCUAAUAAUAAUUUUUAUUGUAUUUGAAAGAGUAAAUUUUAACAAUCUUCAAAAAUAAGAACCCCAUCUCUGUACACUGCAGCCUGUCUUGAAUUCAUUUUAUACUGCCAAAUAAAAUUUGUCACACAUUGUUUUGUUCCAUGGUGGGAAGAAAAUCUGUGACACGUUCAGGACUCGUGUACUUGCAUUAAGCACAAUACUUAGGAGGAAGCUAUGAAAGAGGGGUCAGCAAUUAAAAAUUUCCAAGUGAUUGACCAUUGAUUUUUUUAAAUUUUGUACAUUUGGAAAUAUUGUCCAACAACCUCUUCUACCAUCUUUGAAACAACAACCAAAAUACUAAACUAACCUAUAUCUCUGAAGCUAUAACAAGACCCUAAUUCUGCAAAGCAUACUUAACUCUCAUUGACUUCAAUGAGACUGAUCUGCAUAAGUGCUUUGCUACAUUGGGGCCUAACUCAAAUAUAUUUAAUUCAGGAUUACGGUUGGGAGUGCAUACUGCCUCUUCAUCUUUAAAGCACACUGAUGUCAAGGGUGGAAUUCUCAGAGUGCCUACAUGUCUUAAGAGCACUUAGGACUUGUGCCCAGAGACCCAAAGGUAUUUAGGCCCCAAACUCCCUUUGGAAUCAAGGGGCAUUAGAGGCCUAAAUAUCUUUGAGGAUCUGGGCCUUGAACUUCUAAAUAAAAUAAGCCCAAACUUUUAAAAGUAUUUAGGUGCCUAAUUCCCACUGAGUUCAGUGGGAGUUAAAUGUCUAAAUACCUUUAAAAAUCUGGAUCUUAGGCACUUCUGGAAAUAUUAUCCAAAGUGUUUAAGAUCAUACACUAACAACAUGUAUUUUAUCACAAGUAAUGAAUUUCCUUGUUUUUGUAGGUUUGUCAGACCUUCACAAAACUAGUUUGAUAUUUUUCAUUUUAAUAGUAUUAUAAACUUCAAAUACAUUAAAGGCCAAGUUCUGCAUCUAUGUUUCCUUCAGCCCCAUUGACUUAGCUGAGGUUGUAUUAGAUCUCAGUGCAAAAUCUGAGGCAAAAACUCUCUAGUCCUGUGACAACUCUAUGAAUAGUCCUAUUAAUUUGUAUAAGCAUUUUACUUAAAUCAUAAAUAAUCUUUUAGUCAUUUCAGUCAAUUUUCUGUUCUGUCCUGUAUAGUUCUAGACUUCAGUUGCACGUCAGGAGUCCUUCAGAGGUAAGGUUUAUUUGGGGGAGGGGAGCAUGCAUAGUAAAGUCACCUGACAAAAGCUCUUAUCAGUUUCAAAUAGAAAAAACUUACUGUGCAAAUAACUUAUUGUGAAACCAAAAUUGGAUCCUCUUAUUUUAACCCUCAGAACAUGAAACUUGUAUUUUUUAAAUUUUGAACUGUUAUUUAAAACCACUGUACAGAUUUACUGAUGCUGUUUUUGAGGCAGUACUUCAACUAGGGCCUGAUCCAAUUAUUAAAGUCAACAAAAAGACCCCCAACAGGAGUUAGAUCAGGCCCUAAUGGUACAUAUUUUCUUUCAGAGUUUGCUUCACUCCAGCUCCAAGAUGUAUAUGAGAAAAAUUUCUAAAUGCACAAUAUUGUCAAAUAAUGAAGCAGUGGUACUUCACAUGCUAUAAAUUUAUUUAAUUGGGUUUCCUAUUAGAUGAUUUGGCAGAGGGAGCAAUGAACUAUGAUUUUUAUAAAUGUAUCAUCUACAUCUGAUUGUCUCCCAACGUUACCUAUUGGAAUGACUGCUAUAUCUAGUUAAGUUGGAGGUACAUUGCUACUCUGAUGCAUUCAUUAAUCUGUCUGAAUGUUGGCUGCUUCUCCCCCCGCCCCCCCCCCCCAAACGUAAUAUAUGCUAGUACUGAGAACUGUUGGCUAAAAAGGACCUCAAUACUGUAAAUGGUAAAGUUAUAAAUAUUAAACCUCUCUUUAUCGUUACUAGUUUUAAGCCUCAGAAGUUGAAACUAUGGAUUUAACUAUCAUAAACAAGAGAGUAAUGUUUACAAACUGUAAUAGUGUCUUAACAUUUUUUUACAAUUAUCCAGUAAAACUCUUACGUAGAGUUGACUCUACACUUAAACCAGCAAUGUACUCCAUAUUAUAUUGCUCAUGAACCAUGAUUAAUGUGGAACUGUCUGCUUGCAACAAAUAUGGAAGCUUGGUUUUUUAAUUGAUGUUAAACUGUACUUUCCGUUUAAUUUAACUGAUUUGUCUGUUCUCUUCCAGUUAAUCUACUUGAGUGCUGAAAUGCAUUGCUUUUUCUAAUGCAUCAAGAAAAAUUACUCUGUUUAAAACAUCUCUUUAUCCACCACUAUAUAGGCUAAAAUUGUGCUAAAACACCAUCAGUUAUUUUACUUUUGACCCCUGUAAAGUUUAUGUAAUUGGUUGUUUGUUUGUUUUUGUUUGUAAAACAUAGCACAAAAGCUAUGUUUUCUGAUGUAUGUAAACUAGUGAUUAUUCAUUUGCUUGGUAAAAUGUCUAAUAGGAGACCUUGCUUCAUAGAAAGUUUUUUGCUGGUAUUCUGUAAUUGUUUCUGAAAUGUAUUUAUGAUACUUUUUUAAUUCUGUAAUUUUAAUUUUUUUUGUUGCCAUUAAAUCCAUGUUUUAUUACUACACUAAA